AACACAACUAAAGAAGCCAAGCCAAACCCAACAGCACCACCAAAUAAAACCAAACCAAACCCAUUUUGUUUUUAAUAAAGGACAACAAUAAAUAAAGCACGAGACACACACGGUUGGUUGUUAAUAUCAUCACUCACUUCUCUUCAUUUUUUUCAUUUCAUCUCACUCAUCAUAAUCACUAAUUAAUUAUUCAAUUAAUUAAUAAUUAUAACAACAAGUAGCAUUAAUCCAUCUCUAAUCCAUUUCCAUCUAACCUCUCCUUAUUCUUCCUUAGCUGUAUGGUCCCUCCUUCUUUUGUCGUUUUCUUUACCUUAUUACAAAAAAAUCACACCCAUAACCAAAUUCCAUUCAUUCAUCUUAAUCUUCAUCAUCAUAAUAAUAUAACCUCUCUCUCUCUCUCUCUCUCUCUCUCUCUCUCUCUCUCUACUGUUACGCUGUAACUGUAUCUAUCCAUAUUAGAAUGCCGGCGUGGUGGAGUAGAAAGUCAUCAAAGAACAAACAAGAGCGUGAUAUUCAUAAUGAUGAAGAAGAUGAAGAAGAACAAUCACGUUCUGGUUCUGGUACUGCUGGUGUUCUUCAAUUCAAUUUCAUGAAAUCACCAAUCAACGCAAUAAGAAACAACAACAACAACAACAACAACGGUGAUAGUAUUAAGAAGAAGGAUAAGAAGAAAAACUCAAAGCCGAAGAGUUUUGAUGAAGUUUUCAAUCGGAAUUCACCGAGGACUAGUAGAGAAUUUGAUGGCGGCGCCGCCACUCAAAACAAAGGACUUCCGUUACCUUUACCUGUUAACACCGAUCAAGGAUCUCUUUCCGGUUCUGGUUCUAGCGUUAGUUCUUCUACCUCUUUUGGUGAUCAUCCAAUCUCUCCUCAAUUCACUUCCAACAAUAGAGGACAAGAUGAGGUGAAGUUCAAUGUAAGGCCAAAAAGUCCUGGUCCUGCAUCAAGAGGACCCACUAGUCCUACAUCACCUCUUCAUCCAAGGUUGCAGCAGGCUCUGAGUCUUGACUCACCUACGGGAAAGCAAGACGAAGGAAGGAGUCAAUGUCAUCCAUUGCCUCUUCCACCGGGAUCUCCUACUAGUCCUUCUUCUGCUCUUUCAAACACACGGCCAAAUGGACCGUUUGAAAAUCCUGUCCCUAACCUGUCCAAGUGGAAGAAAGGAAAGCUUCUUGGCCGGGGAACAUUUGGUCAUGUUUAUCUGGGAUUUAAUAGUGAAAAUGGGCAAAUGUGUGCAAUAAAAGAGGUCAGGGUUGGCUGUGAUGAUCAAAAUUCAAAUGAGUGCCUCAAACAACUUAACCAGGAGAUAAAUUUGCUUAAUCAGCUUUGUCAUCCAAACAUUGUUCAAUACUAUGGAAGUGAACUGGGAGAGGAGUCACUUUCUGUUUAUUUGGAAUUUGUCUCUGGUGGUUCUAUCCAUAAACUACUUCAGGAAUAUGGCCCGUUCAAGGAGCCUGUUAUUCAAAAUUACACCAGGCAGAUUGUCUCUGGACUUGCUUAUUUACAUGCAAGGAAUACAGUACACAGGGAUAUCAAAGGGGCUAACAUACUAGUUGAUCCUAAUGGUGAAAUCAAACUAGCAGACUUUGGAAUGGCUAAACAUAUAACUAAUGCUGCUUCAAUGCUUUCAUUCAAAGGAAGUCCGUACUGGAUGGCACCUGAGGUUGUAAUGAACGCAAAUGGCUAUAGCCUUGCAGUUGAUAUAUGGAGCUUGGGAUGCACACUUAUUGAAAUGGCAGCAUCGAAACCUCCGUGGAGUCAGUAUGAAGGGGUAGCUGCCAUAUUUAAAAUUGGGAACAGCAAAGAUAUGCCUGAAAUUCCUGAACAUCUUUCAAAUGAUGCGAAGAAUUUCAUUAUGUUAUGUUUACAGCGGGACCCAUCAGCUCGCCCAACAGCCCAGAAAUUACUAGAGCACCCAUUCAUUAGAGAUCAAUCAGCAACAAAAGCUGCAACCAGAGAUGUUUCCUCUUACAUGUUUGAUGGAACAAGAACACCGCCUGUUUUAGAGCCCCAUUCAAAUCGAAGAAGUAUAACUUCACUUGAUGGAGACUAUGCAACAAAGUCAGCUAUUGCAGCUCCACGUGCAGUAAGGAGUCCAAGAGAUCACACAAGAAUGAUCACAUCUUUACCGGUAUCUCCCUCUUCAAGUCCAUUGCGACAGUAUGGAACGGAUCAAAGGAGCUGUUUCUAUUCUCCUCCUCAUCCAUCUUACACAAUAAUGGGACAAAAUAGUUACACUUUGAAUGACACACCCUCUUAUCCAGUGAGAUCAAAUGCAACAUUUACUCUUGAUCCAUGGCAUGAAACAUCCAGAUACAAAGCCCCCACACCACCUGGUGGGUCCCCAAGAAUGAGAUUCAUUUGAGUUGAUUGUAAAUACAUACAGGUUUUCCCAGCAUGCGCUGUUUUUGUUAUGUGGGUGCACUUCAAAUUGGACUCUGAAGCACAAACUCGUGUCUAUUCUUUAUACAUUAGAAAUGAGGGGCCCUAAGCUCUCAGUGCAUUUGAUUGGGGAUACCUUGUUGUUUGUAUCAAUUUCUUGAUUAUUUUUAAAGGAAAUGUACUGUGUUUGUAGUAACCUGUAUGUUGUAUAUUGCUAGUUAAUGACAGAGAAGAAGAAAAGAAUUUCACACCCACUUUUUUCAAGACAACAUCAUAGUCACAGUCACAGUCACAGGAGUGUGAACAAAAUUGACUUUUGAUAGAGCCAGUGUCCAAAAUAUUUGAUCAUUUUGUGGUUUUAUGCGAAGCAGUAUAUUUUAUAUUUAA